AUUAACUUUACCAUAAGAAUUAGCCAUAUCACAUAAUGUUUACUUCCUUGGUAGUACACGCAGAUUAAUUAUCGAAAUUGAAUUCUUUUGCCCCUUGGAAAGUUGAAAAUGAAGAAAGUUAAAACAACAAAUUUGAUAAUGAUAAUAAUGAGGUAUCAUGAAUUACCUCUUUUGUUCUAUUUAGGAAACAAACGACAAAGAAUAAGUUAUGUUAUAUGUUUGAAAAAAAAUUAAUAAGAAAACAAGCAUUCGCCUCAUGUGGUUCGUUUGUUCCUUUAAUCUUCAGACUUAAAUAUUUUGUUAUUGUUUUAGAACUAUAAUAAAAACCCAAUUCAUACAUUUUCUAUCAUUUUAAAUUUAUAAUCAAAAUCUAAUAAUCUGUAAUAAUGAUUAGUCAUAUAAAUAAUGGAGGUCCGGAGGCCCCCAUAAUUUGGAGGUCUUGUGCCGAAGGGCCGGCCGGGGACACCUUCUGGGCCGACCCUGACGAUAGAUUGUAAUUCACUUUCAUUACGAGAUGCAAGUUUUAUGGAACUGAUUUAUGUAUUUGUAAUGGCGAAUUAAUAAUGUCAGUCCUCCCUAUUUCGAUUAUCUAUUUGUAGUAGUUGCGAAUUAUUUAAUUCAGUUUCUCCUGGUAUAAUGUAGGCUUCAUAUCUAAUUAGUCUGUUUUUUUUUUUUGCCAUAGUCAUCCUCGAAAGAGAGAAAUAUAAAUACGACAAACAAAAUCUAGUAUGACCAAGCUAAAAAUUUGAAAUAAGAAAAACACGAUAAUCUACAAGUAUCGAACCAUCGCUCCAAAAACUUAUUUUACCACGAUCUAGGCAGUGUCUCCGGUAACCCUAUUUCAAGUUUCAACUAGGAAAAGGUAUAUCUAGGUUUAACCUUUUUUUUUUUUUUUUUACAACUAGGUUCUGAAUUUCUGAUUUUAUUAGACGAGAUAAGUGUGCAACUCUCGAGUCUUUGCCCCACUGAUACACGCCGCCGUUCUCCAGUCCUCAUCGCCUUCCCUUUCAGAGCGCCUGGCAAUCGAACCCCCUGUACCGGCGGUCAAUCCAAGCUAUGAACAACGACAAUGCCUAUGGAAAAAGGCGUCGCGCAGAAGAAGAAGAAGAAGCCAAUGAUGCUACUACUGACAGGUUAAGCCAUCUUCCAACACUCAUUCUCCAUCACAUCCUCUCGUUCUUGAAAGAUACCAAAUCUGUGGUUCGAACCUCGCUGCUGUCCCGGGGUUGGAGAAACGCCUGGAAACAAGUCCCUGUCCUCGAAUUCCAUCGCAGUUCCUUUCGCCGAGCUACAGAGUUCGACGGUUUCGUCGACAGGGUUUUGUCCCUCCGCCGCGACCUUAAUCUCAGCAAGGUUGUAUACGACGAUACUCGCCUUAGCCCAGAAACCCCGCGCAUUCGAAAAUCCGACAUCAUCGACAAGCAAGUGAAAGUCAUCAACUACGCUCUGUCCCACGAUGUUCGACAUUUAGUUGUUCGGAGCUGGGAAGCCAAUGAGAGAGGUCUACCCUGCGAUUUCAGCUCGAUAUUCCCCGCGUGCUGCAACAAUGGUAACGGGAAUGAUUGUACAAAGAAGAAGAAGACUGAUCAUCUGAAAACUCUGGACUUGAAAUGGAUCGACCUGGAUCCAGGAUUCGUAGCCUGCUCUGUUUUCCCAAUGCUGACGACCCUGAAUCUGGAGAGGUGCGAGUUCGGCGCAGAGGGCCUUAUUCUUCCUGCCAGCAUUCCGUUGCUGACAAAUUUGGCCAUCACAAAUUGUCGCCCGAAACAAGAGGCGGCAACGAGGAGGACCACCAAGGUGUACGGACCGCACUUGCUUACCCUGAAGCUGAACGGCGGGAUGGGAGGCUGCAAGAUUGAAGUAUUUGCACCGAAACUCGAAUCCUUCACUCUGCUUCAGGACGUGACAUCCGAAGGGUUCUUCAAUACGACCUUUCCUGCUCUGGAUCGUGCGGAUGUUGCAUUGACCGAGGGUCAUUACUGUACCAAGCCACGGGCAGAUCACUAUUUGAACUCCCUGUUCCAAGUUUUGUGUAAUGCUAAGUCUUUGAAGCUGGAUCGCAACGCCUUCCAGAUACUGAACAAUAGGUGUGAGUUUCUGGAACAACAGCCGUCAACCCAUUUUAAAAGGUUGGAGUCCUUGAUUUUGCCGCCCAACAAUCGAAUCAUAGACUACUUUGCAAAAGCAUCUUCUUGCGAAAAACUAAAUAUCUGUAGUGGGAAAGGAUAAUGUUUUUGUGAUUUCAGGUUGUUUCUUUACUAGUUGGAUACAUUCCUAGCUUAUGGGAUAUAUUUCUACAAUUUUUUCUCUUAUUUAGGUAGCUUACUGGAACUACUCUGCCAUUGCUUGUCUUUCUCCUCAUAUAUUAAAAGAAAACAUUUGGUAUGAUUUACUUUAUAAUUUUUGGGAGAGGCGAGUUUUGUACUAUAUAUGGUGUGCUUUCUAAUUUUUUAUUUGAUUAUGAAGUUUCUGGUCUACUUUAUAGAUUUUGUGGUGAUUAGUCUGUGUUUCUGGUCUUUCUUUAUAAAAGAAAAUGAGUACUCAAAUGAUAUUUAAGCCCACUUAUUAAAAGUAACAAGACUAAGAAAGUUAAAGUGAUUUAGGCUUGGGAAAGAAAAUAAUAGGCUUAAGCUUUUGAUCCUAAUAUGCUCAACACCAUCUCCCAAAACUAAUUACAAAGGUUGAUGUAUGUCCAAUAAAAAGGCGAAAUAAGAAUUUAGAUUAAAU